UUAGGUCAUUCGAUCCUAUGUAAUCGAGCACCGUUAUGAGAUAAAUGGUGUCAACCUCGGCCUUGUCCCCCUCUCUCCCUGUUCAGAAGUCAAAAAACGAUCAUCCCCUAGAUCACGGCGAAAUCUUCCCCCGGCCGACGAGCCUCGCGAUCGGCUUCCUUCCCUCCUGGUUUCCCGAUGAGAUCCGCCGCGCAUGGCGGCUAAGAAGAGGGUCACCAGCAGACGACCGCCCAAGCUCAAGCCCGACGGCGACGGCGGCGGCGGCGGCGGCGUCGCCUCCCCCAUGCCUCAUUCGCAGCGCCCCUACUCCGGAUACCGGCGGAGGAUCGCCCUCCUGCUCCCGGCGUUCCUUCUCUUGUUCGUCGUCGGCUUCGCGAGCGUUUACUGGAACAGGUCGGGAAGUUUCGUGGUCGACGAGGUGUCCCCGGCCUUGUACUCGAUCGAAGUGGUGCGCGAGUUUCCUCACGAUCCCCAAGCCUUCACUCAGGGGCUUCUUUACGGGGGAAAUGAUACUUUGUUUGAGUCGACUGGUCUCCAUGGGCAGUCAUCAGUUCGAAAGGUGGCUCUCCAAAGUGGAAAGGUUGAGGCAAUGCAAAAUAUGGAUCGGUCUUACUUUGGGGAAGGUUUGACUCUUCUUGAUGAAAGGCUGUUUCAAGUAACUUGGUUGCAGAAAACUGGUUUCAUAUAUGACAGAAAUAAUUUAAGCAAAUUUGAAGAAUUCACUCAUGAGAUGCAAGAUGGUUGGGGACUAGCAACUGAUGGCAAAAUAUUGUUUGGAAGCGAUGGAAGUUCAACAUUGUAUCAAAUUGAUCCUCAUAAUUUCAGAGUCAUUGAUAAACAGGUUGUCAGAUACAGGACUCAUGAAGUUCACAACCUUAAUGAGCUAGAGUAUAUUAAUGGGGAAAUUUGGGCAAACAUAUGGCAGAGUGACUGCAUUGCGAGAAUCUCUUAUAAAGAUGGCAAAGUAAUUGGCUGGAUACUUCUUCCAAAUUUGAGGGAAGGAUUGUUAACAGCAGGAUAUAAAGGAAUUGAUGUAUUAAACGGCAUAGCUUGGGAUAGUGAAGAGAAGCGCCUAUUUGUAACUGGAAAAUUAUGGCCAAACCUAUAUGAGAUCCAGUUGCAUCCUGUAGAAAGGCGGUUUGACGAUGGAGUCAUCGAGCAACUAUGUCUGCGGAUGCCUUUCAAUUUUGGAAAGCCAUAGUCUGACGGAGGAGUCAUUUACGGCAUGGUUAUGGUUAGUUGUGCUACAAACAAGGUGGCAUGAUCGGGAUUAUGAUGUUCAGAUAUACUGUGUCCAUCGCUGAGAAGCAUACAAUCACGGUAGGGAAGAAAUAAAGUGGCACAAAGUUGAAAGAAAAUGAAAGACCUUUCCACGUUGAUAAAUUUGAUCUCUGUCUGUCUCUCUGUGUGAUGCGUUUUGUUGAAUCUCGUCUCGUCUCUUUCAUAUUCCAUCCCGUGCGGCUCACCAGGAGUUCAUAUAAAAGGACUGUACAUAUUCAUGGGCUCAAAUCUUUCUUUGAGUUAAAUGGAUUUGAAUGGAUGGAAGCCCACCUUCAGAAAAUCGUAACAAGUGGAAUGUUUAUAUAGACAAAUUAGACUUUUAUU